UUUAAAUACAAUUCAAAAUGUUUGCCAAUAAAGUGAACACAAUUGCCGUAUUACUAGUCGUAUUGGCACUACUGGGCCAUACGGUGUCCAUCAGUGGACAGACAGGUAUCGCAAGGGCUAAGCGAGGGUUUGGAUGUAAGGGUCCCAUUGGUAGCGAUAGAUACGAGUGCGAUCGACAUUGCAAAGAUAACAAGUUCCGGGGUGGUUAUUGUGACAUGGGUGGUUUUAGAUGCAAUUGCUAUGGUUGAGUUAUUAUUGUAAAAUGACAUUUUAUACCAACAUAAUAUGGU